GCCUGGGGCUCGGGGGGUGGGGGGAGCGGGGCGGGGAGAUGGAUAAACUGACCAUCAUCUCAGGAUGUCUCUUUCUCGCCGCCGAUAUCUUCGCCAUCGCCAGCAUCGCCAACCCCGACUGGAUCAACACCGGGGAGUCCGCGGGAGCACUCACUGUGGGCCUUGUGCAGCAGUGUCAAACAAUCCAUGGACGAGACCGAACAUGCAUCCCACCUCGGCUUCCCCCAGAGUGGGUCACCACACUGUUUUUUAUCAUCAUGGGAAUCAUUUCAUUGACUGUCACAUGUGGUUUGCUGGUGGCUUCCCACUGGCGAAGAGAAGCUACAAAAUAUGCUCGAUGGAUAGCAUUCACUGGAAUGAUCCUUUUCUGUAUGGCUGCCCUAAUAUUUCCAAUAGGAUUUUACAUCAAUGAAGUCGGAGGUCAACCUUAUAAGUUACCCAACAACACAGUAGUUGGGUCAUCAUAUGUACUUUUUGUCUUAUCAAUUUUCUUUACAAUAGUAGGACUUCUAUUUGCUGGCAAAGUUUGUUUACCAGGCUGAUGAAUGUCUAAAUUGCUUGACUAUUUUUAUUAUUUUAAAUUUUAUUUUAUUUUUUUAUUUUUGGAGGGUGGGGAGGACAAAGGCAAGGCAUCUGAGUAGUCCUCGCUUAGGAAGAUGCUUAGGUGAAACUGAUGUUGAAAAAAAAAUACUUUGAUUAGUUCUCACUAUGCACUUUGGAUUUUUUAAAAAAUUGAGAGCCUUUUUCAUAACCAAAUACAGACAAUGUUGACUAAGUCUCCUGAGCACAUAUUCAGGCAGUCAAAUCUGUACUGUGAUAGCAGCCUAGUGAAGGAGAAUACUUUGUACUGAAAAGCACGGGGCCCUUAUGACUCUUGUUCCAUUGUUAAUGUCUGAUGAUUCAUUUGAGGGGGAAAAAUUCUAAGUAUUUAUGAAUCACAGUGGACCAGAGGAAUGCAAGAGUAGUUUCUGUGGGGCUGGCCUCACUUUUUAAGAAACUAGUAUUCACAGCUUCCUUGUAAGUAGUAUGAGGCACCAGAAGGGAUUGCUGUUGUGUUACUGCACCAAGAAGCCAAUAGAUCAAAACUUGUUUGCUAAAAUGUAUGUAAAAAUUCUGAAAUUCCCUAUUCUCUGUGUACAAAAAAAAAACCAAACACUAAGAAACGUGUUGCUGGGGUGGGUGGGUGGAGGAAAUGUUCAUUAUAUUUAUAUAAAUAUAUAUAAUAUAUAUUUUGUGAUGCAAUAUACAGUGUGUAUAUAUAUGUGUGUGUGUGUGUGUGUGUGUAAAUACACACAUACAAACAGUUUCUGGAAGAGAACUCUGAAUGCUUUGCUAGCAAAACACUGUGGUGUGCAAACCUAGGACUCAAUUUUAAAAAGCCAUUUAUCUGAAGGCUGUAUAGUGGAGAGAGUCUUCAGUUUACCUCAUUCUUUGUAACAGCCCUUGAUUUUAACAGGUUUUUGUAAUAGGUACAAAUAAUCCCAUAUCUUUCUAGGUGCAAUUUUAAAUUAAGCUAAAAUUCUUUGUAGGAUUAAUUUAUUUGUAUAUGAUAGUAGAAAGUAAUAUGUAAUUUGGGGAAUUUGACACUAUUUAAAUUAUUGGCAGUCAUCUGUUGUACAGAGGUUUUUUUUUUUACUGGCUGACUCUUACAUUAAUUAUGCAUUUUCUGUGUACAAGCAUACAACUUUACAUAAAUACGAAGUCCACUAGCAUUAUCAAUUUACAGUAUUCUGGCUAUUUACAACACCAAUAUCACUCUGCUAUAAAAUCAAGUUUAUGUUCUUUUUAUCCAUAAGCAUUAUUAAUACAUCUCCUUUACCAAAAACCCCGGUGAUACAGUAUUUUCUUUAUAUGCCAUAUACCUUUGUUUGAGGAAAGCUAACAUUUUUGCAUUUACUUUAAAGGACUAUACUCCACCCACACCUUUAUCUUUUUUCCCUAAAAGAAGCACUAUAGCUAACCCUUGAAUCCACAGACAGUUUUAAAACACAGUAUUUCUCUUCUCUAUGUUUCCAUGCCUUCAUGUCUCAGUGCUUAGUUUUUCCAGGUGAACACUAUAGAUCAUCUCCUAUUUCAAAUGUGGGGCAGGAGAGGUCUUUCAUGGCAAUGAAAGUAAGAUUUCAAGGCAGUGGAGUUGUUUUUCUUCUCUAUAGUGAAAUGGCACCCCAAAUGUCCAUCAGUAGAGUCCUGGGUAGUCCAUCUAUUAUAUAGUACAGCUUCACACCAACAAAUGAAUGCAUUGUUUUUUAAAAA